AUGUCUCCCGCCGCAACUUCAUCAGAGUCCGCCACUACCCAGGCGGAUGCUCCCCAGACUCAAGUUACUCUUGGUGGAAAAGUCAUUACUAUUACCGGCGCCAACCGCGGAAUCGGCCUGGGCAUUGCCGAAUGCUGUCUUUCAAACGGUGCCGCCAAGGUCUACUCUAUCGAGAUUGGAGAGACUGGUGAUGACUUUGCCGCUGUCGCAAAGCGUUACCCAGGCCAGUUAUCUGCGGUCAACGCCAAUGUGACCAAGGAAGCGACUAUUACCGCGGCAAUCGAUAAGAUAAUUGAGGAAGCUGGUGCACUGCAGGGCAUGGUUGUUAAUGCCGGUCGAACUCACCACAAGGCCGCGCUCGACUUCACCAAGGAGGAAAUUGAGAGCUUAUUCAAUAUUAAUCUCUUUAGUGCCUUCUACACAGCUCGCGCUGCUGCUCGUGCUUUCAUUAAGCUCGGUAUCAAUGGAUCCGUAGUCUUUACUGCUUCCAUGGCCUCUUACCGUCCCAACAAGCGUGUCCCUUCCACUCCAUACGGCGCGUCAAAGGCCGGCGUUCGAAACAUGACCCACACCCUGGCAAUUGAAUGGGCACAGUACGGUAUCCGGGUGAACAGCGUGUCCCCCGGAUUGGUCAAGACUGCAAUGACAUACUGGGUGCCUCAACAACCCGACUGGGAACAACAGCUGAAGUAUUAUGGUGGCUUUCCCAGGCUGGCUGAAGUUCAAGAGCUCGGUGGAGCCUACGUGUACCUCCUUAGUGAUGCAGCAAGCUAUACUACCUCUAUUGAUAUUCCCGUCAACGGUGUGAUUGGCAGUAAGUGCUCCAAAUAA